UGGUUGCCGUGGCUGUGUGAUGAAUGGCGGUGGCAGGGGGGAGGGAGCGGUGUCCCUGGAGCCAUGGCCGCUCGGCUGCUACAGAAAACACAAGCUGGCUUGGGGGAAGCCAUGGCGACGUCUCCGUCCGCAGACGCCGUUCGCUGUUUCACAAGUGAGACGCCGGCAGUCCAGGCCAUGUCUACCCAGGAGGCAGUGUGUGGCCCGGGGGUGGAGCUCCUGUGCUGGGGCUCUGGAGACCUCGGACAGACCGGACGGGGCGGGACCAGGGACGUGUCCCCCCAGAGGGGCGCACUGGAGGCCUUCACCCCGGGGAAGCUGGGAAGGGUCAAGCUGUUGGCGUGCGGCUCCUGCCACUCCGUUGUCGUCACAGUUGAUAACCGGAUCUUCACUUGGGGAAACGGAAGCAGUGGACAGCUGGGAAACGGAGAGAGAAACAUGAGGGACCGUCCGUCGGAGGUGUUCCUGCCCCCUGGGGGGUCCGGUGCCGACGGGGGGCGGGCCGCGGAGGUCGCCGGCGUCGCCUGCGGCAGCCGACACACUUUCAUCUGGACCCCCUCCGGAGAGGCCUUCAGCUUCGGCAACAACUUCUACGCUCAGCUGGGCCACGACUUCAGGAAAAUGGACUUCAAGGAGAAUCAGCUGGUGCCACAUUUGUUCCGGAACCUUCCGUCGCAGAGGAUAACGCAGGUGGCCUGUGGGGACAGGCAUACCUUGUUUGCACUGGAGGACGGGAGCGUGGCUGUGUGCGGGGCGAAUGACUACGGCCAGAUCGGCUCACGUUCCUGUGAAGACGCUGCCGUUCCGCGAUUCGUCGAGGACCUUGAGAACAUCACCAGCAUCGCCUGUGGGGCCAAUCACAAUCUGGCCCUCUCAGGCAAUGGGAAGGUGUUCCAGUGGGGGUGCGGACGGGCCUGCGGGAAUCUCAGGAGGAACCUGCCUGUUCCGGAGGAAGUGCCCUUACCCCCCGUCUCGGUGAAUGCGGUGCGAGGGGGCUGCUGGCACAGCCUGCUGCUCACGGAUGAUGGGAAAGUGUAUUCCUGGGGGAUGGGCCAAGAGGGUCAGCUGGGACAGGGGCAGAACAUGGCCUUCCUCUCUGCUCCCUGUCUUCUCCAGUCCGGGGUGCUCUCCCCCGGAGUCCUGCAGAUCGAGGCCGGGGAGAGCUACAGCGCAGCGCUCACAGCGGACGGGGGGCUCUUCGCGUGGGGCAGGAGCCGUGGCGUGAUGGACGCGGGACGCUCCGGGUCCCAGCAGGCGUGGAGUCCGGAGAGGGUGCCGCUGGGGGUUCGGGAGGUGUGUGCAGUGAGCUGUGGAACGUGGCACGCCUUGGCCCUGGUUAGGCCCAGAGCAGAGAUGCGCAGUGGGAAUAGGGAAUCUCAUUUCAGAGAAACUGGAGCUCUCUUCAAAGAAGACAGCAACUAUCCCCAGCCAAUGGAGCUCGAACCAAGAGAAAACAGCAAGCAAGCCCCCCCGGCCGCCGCACAACCGGGGGACCCAGUGAACCCCGGCGAGGCCGCGCUCAGACGCCGGUGUGGGAACGCUCCGCCUGGGGACAUGGAUAAAACAGACCUCCUCAGAUCGGGGCCCUCAAACGACGACGCGGACGUGGCGGCGGCCGCCGGGGCCCCAGGCGAACCGGAGCCCGAGCCGCCAGGAAGCGGCCGCUCGUCAAUCACGCCGCCGGCGGACGACGGCGGGCCCGCCGGUCCCGCGGGGCCGGGCUUCAGAGGGGGGCCGGCCGUCGGCCGUCUGACUCCGCCCCCGUCUCCGGACGGACCGCCGCCCCCGCGGGGACGGGACCCGGGGCGGCCCGGCGGCCUGCCGCGGCUGCAGGGGAGACGCCCACCGCGGCGUGGAUCCAAGCCCGGACAGGUCUCCAGCAGAAAGCCGUGGGUGUGUGACAGCGUCACUGACAGCAGUGUGGCUCCCAGCCCCAGAGGCCUCCAGCAGAGAUCUGUCCCCGGAGCUCCGCCCUCUCGCAUGCUCUCCCCUGGCCCCUCCCCCUGGAGGACCAGACACCUCUCACCCCUGAACCCACCCCCCCGGCCCCGGGCCCGGCCCACCUCCUCCCCCUCCCUCGCUGGGUGCCAAACCCCCCCGGUCAGCCCCGCGAGGCCCGUCCACAAGCAGGCCACCUACUCCUCCGGGACGGCCUGGAAGGACGUGUCCAUGUCAGCGGACCCCGUGCUGUCCCACAAGCGCGUGGCCACGGCCAACGGCCAAAAGCGAUGACCUUUCACCCCUCCCCUGCAGCUACCGAGCACUCGGACUUCCCCCCCCCCCCCCCCCC